AUGGCAAACCUUCCCGUGAACAAGGACGCACAUGCGUUCGAUAAGACGCGUUUCGAGAGCGUCAUGAACCGCAGGUUUUUCUACGCACCCGCCUUCGAGAUCUACGGCGGUGUCGCUGGUUUAUAUGAUUACGGCCCGCCCGGUUCGUCUCUCCAGGCGAACAUCAUUGCGGAAUGGCGUCGGCACUUCAUCGUGGAGGAGAGUAUGCUCGAGAUUGACAGCACGAUCAUGACUCCCGCGCCUGUCUUCGAGACGUCAGGUCACGUCGCGCGCUUCGCAGACUGGAUGGUGAAGGAUGAGAAGACUGGCGAUGUCUUGCGAGCGGACCAUCUAGUUGAGGGUGUAUUGGAGGCGCGUUUGGCUGGUGAUAAGGAGGCACGAGGGCUUGCGGCAAAUCCAGUCAAGGAGGACCCGAAAAAGAAGAAGAAGAAGGAUGUCAAGGCCGUAGCAGUGCAGCUCGCGGAUGAGGUGGCUGCAGAGUACGAGAAGAUCCUUGCUCAGAUUGACAACUUCUCUGGCCCAGAACUCGGCGAACUCUGCAAGAAGUACGACAUUCGCAACCCGGAUACUGGCAACGUUGUCACGGAACCUGUGCAGUUCAAUCUCAUGUUCGCAUCCUCGAUCGGCCCGACCGGCCAACAUCCAGGCUUCCUGCGUCCGGAGACCGCACAGGGCCACUUCCUGAACUUCUCUCGCCUGCUCGACUUCAACAACGGCCGCCUUCCGUUUGCGAGCGCCCAGAUCGGUCGUUCAUUCCGCAAUGAGAUCAGUCCACGUGCGGGCCUGCUUCGCGUGCGCGAAUUCACGAUGGCCGAGAUCGAGCACUAUGUCGAUCCCGCAGACAAGACCCACCCACGAUUUGGCGAAGUACGCGACGUCGUUGUUGGCCUUCUGGACCGCGAUACACAGAGUGGCGGCCACACGACUGUGCGAAAGAUGAGCAUCGGCGAUGCAGUUUCUCAGGGCGUUAUUGCGAACGAAACGCUUGGCUACUUUGUGGCGCGUAUCUACGCUUUCCUAAUCAAGAUCGGUAUCGACGAGAAGCGCCUGCGAUUCCGCCAACACAUGGCGAACGAGAUGGCCCAUUACGCAACGGACUGUUGGGAUGCGGAAAUCCAGAACAGCUACGGUUGGACGGAAUGCGUUGGCUGUGCAGACCGUGCCGCAUAUGAUCUGACGGUACACGCGAAGAAGACGGGUGCGGGGUUGGUCGUGCGCGAGGCGCUGAAGGACCCAAUCGUCACGGAGAAGAUUGUAGCUGAGCUCAACAAGAAGAAGAUGGGCAAGGCUUUCGGGAAGGAUAUCGGGGUGCUGCAAAAGGUGCUCGAUGAUUGCGAGGAGACGCAGCUCGAGAAGCUUCAGGGGGAGUUGGCACAAGGUUCUGUCGCACUCACGACUCCGGACGGUCGCGUGCUCACUCUUGACCGGGAGAUGCUCACGAUUGAGAAGAAGACGUUCAAGCAAUCUGUACGCGAAUACACGCCGAACGUCAUUGAGCCCUCGUUCGGUCUCGGCCGCAUCCUAUACGCCCUCCUUGAACACAGUUUCUGGGCUCGUGAGCAGGACAUCGAGCGCGGUGUUCUCUCGCUUCCGCCGGUAGUCGCACCGACCAAGGUGCUCAUCGUGCCAUUGAGCGCUAAGGAGGAGUUCAUGCCGCUGGUCCGCGAAGUCUCGGCAAAGUUCCGUAAAGCCGGUGUCUCUGCCCGCGUGGACGACAGCAACACUAGUAUCGGGAAGCGGUACGCACGCAACGACGAGCUCGGCACGCCAUUCGGGGUUACACUCGACUUUGCCUCCGUAUCGAAGGGCACCAUGACGCUCCGCGAGCGUGACACGACGGGCCAACUUAUUGGCGAGAUUGACGAGGUCGUCAGCCUCGUUGUACAACUCGUGGAGGGCACGAUUGAUUGGGCAGAGGCAUGCAAACGCCUGCCCUCGUAUGACGGCGUGCAGGCCGUCGAGUAG